AUGCCCACCACCCUUCUCUCCCAGCACCCCUACCUCCUCCUCUUCGCCGGGACCCUCGGCCUCCUCCCCCUCAGCAUCGGCACGCUCGGCCUCCUCCACCCCUCCUCCGGCUGGACUAUCUUCAAUCUCCCCAAACCCAGCACCCCCUCCGCGCAAAAGGUGGGCGAAGACUUCUUCCUCUUCUGGGCGUCCCGAGACGUCUUCAUGGGGCUUGUGACAAGCGCGGCAUGGUACCAUGGUGAUCGCAAGAUGAUGGGGUAUGUAAUGUUCAUGGCGACGAUGGUGGGUGUUGUGGACGGGGUGAUGAGUCGACGGGUCAAGGGGAAUGGGGAGUGGGUACAUUGGGGAUUUGUGCCCGUUUUGGGUGCGGUGGGAGGGGGGUUAGUUGGGUGGUGGGAUUGA